AUGCGUUCUCGUCUGUUUGCGGAACCCACUUUGAACUACAAAAAGGCGGUGGAGUUGGCGCUCGCAUUAGAGGCAGCGGAACGGCAUGCGGAGGCGGCCGGAGCCAGCAGCCACGGCGGGGUGCCAGCGCCGGACGGCUCGGGACUCGGGCAGGGCGCAGCCGGCCUGCACCGCGUUGGUACAGGGCCCGCGCGCUUGCGACGGCCCGCUUGCUGGCGUUGCGGGAAGGAGCGUCACGCAGCUAAUAAGUGCCGGUAUAAAGCGUUCGUUUGCAACAAGUGCAAUCAAAAAGGACACUUGGCACAAAUGUGCACGAAAAACGUGUCUAGUGGUAGUGCCAAUAGGUCAAAGUUUCAAAAUUAUAUUGAAAAAAGUGAUUCCGGGAGUGAUGCGAGUGACGGCUUAUACCGCAUUUUAGCGGUUAAGAAUAGUGUUAAGGAUGGACCCUAUCACUGUAAG